ACACAUUUCACUGUUAUUUUCAACCACCAUGACCAAGAACGCCUCAGAGGCCGCUUCCGCUUCCGCUUCUCCUCCUUGCAGAGGCAGAUCCAAGAAGCCCAAUCUCCGGGGCUCCAAGGCCCAUUCCCCAGGCCCAAUGCAUUUCAGCUCCAAGACGCCGGAGAAGCCGCCGCAGCGGAUCCGCAACCGCGGCAUCGCGCUCUCCCUCGCCGAAAUCAGAAGGGUAGGGAAGGGUUUGCAUGAUGGGAAGCAGCAACGCACUGAAACGACGUCGUCGCAGGUCAAAAGUAGUGUCCGGAGACAGAUCUCACUGUGGCCUUCUUCUCCCAGUAAACCUAAAGUUACUGCUGAUGAAAAUAAGCUUCCCCAAAAAUAUGAAAUGUUGGGUGAGUUCUUCCAUCAUUUGGAUAGUUUGAUUUCGAUUUUCCGACUCAAAGGGUGGACGCCGUCGUUUAAAAAGAUCAGUUCCAGAAUUGAAUCUUUGUCUGACAGGAGUUUUACUCUCUGUCAUUUGGCGCAAUUGAAAUUUAUGUUACCUGAGGCUAUUCUUCUUGAGAAGAUUCUAGUGCUUGAUGAAAGGACUAGUUGUAUGGUGGCGGAUAUUCGCAUCUCUAUAGACCCUAAUGCUGUAGAGUCUGAUGAGAGAGUGCCCCUGAGGGAGUUGUUUUGGAAACGGCUACGAGGGUUUUGGGAAUCUCAUCCUGAGGGUGAUGAAAUCCCUGAAGGAACAUUGCCUGAGCCCUUCAAUCGCCCAACGAAAGACAGUCUUUUGGACAAGUUAAAAACUAGUCUUCCAACAAAAAUGUCAUCAUGCAUGGCAUCAGUUGAAUUGCCUAAUGAGCAUCUGGCCGCAGCUUCCCACUUGCCUCCAUCCUUUAGACCACGAUUUGCUCAGAAAUUCAAACUAAAUGGAGCAGAUGAUGUAAAUCAGAAGUGUCCGAUGGAUUCAAUGCAGCCUGUGGCUUCUCCAGUUUCAGAGUCAAGCCUGAAGGAUAGUCCACCCUUUGAGGAUACUAACUCUUGUAUGGAAACCUCCCCAACUAAGUUGCCUUCAGAAGCAGCCAGCACUGAAAGGUGUCCAACAAUUUGUGCUUCUCUGGAGUUGUCUGGUGCCCCUCCUGCUACUCCAAUCAAAACCAUUGAAAACGCAGAAAACAAAGACGGAUCACUCAAGAGCACUGAUGCCAUGUCAACUCCAGCCAAACUUGUCUCUACUCCAAUUAGGUUGAUGAGUGCCACACCUGCCUUGCGUCCAUCAAAAAUACAUUAUAUGAGCCCAGAUGACAACACUACCAGUUUGAACAAGCUAGCUAGGCGUCCACCUCGCUCAAGGUCAUUAAAAUUUGACACUCCAAUGAAGAAUAAGGAAGCUGUGUAUGAAGACAAUGCUGGUGACUUACCAGUUGUUGAUGAUGUUUUUGACAUCCUCUCAGAAAAUCUUAUCCAAUCUAUCAGAGAAAGGGAAAGAAUGGCAAUGGAGGAAAGAGACCCAGCUAUCUCACAAGCAAAGAAACGAACAAAAAAUAUAGCUAGCCUGCCUAAGCUCUUUGACAUGAUUCGCAGCUUGCUCCGACAGCGGUCUUGUAUCACUAAAUCUGAGCUUGUAAACAAGAUAAUCACAGGCCGCCGAGAUAUUGUUGACAGAAGUGAAGUUGAAGAGCAGCUAAGUUUGUUGCUAGAACUAGUACCGGAAUGGAUUUCUGAGAAGCUGGUCUCUAGUGGGGAUUUGAUAUACGUCAUAAAUAAAUUGUCGAGCCCUGAAACCAUUCGAGCAUCCCUUGAAGCAGCAAAGUGAGCAAGGAGACUAGUAUUGAAAGGCCAAUGUUGUAUAGUUUAGAUGCUCAAAUUAUUUUUCUUGAGUUGCUUGUAGCUGCUGCCCAAUCUAUAGACAUUUUGGUGGAUGGGCAUUUUUUUUUUUUUUGUAAAUGUGUGACUAUCACACUAUCACAGUUCACCUAGACCAUGAAAUAUAUACAUCAAAGGAAACCCUCCUAAGUUAAGCUGAUCAA